AUGAAUCGAAGGAUUCGGUGUCCAAACCCUAAGCCGUCUUCCUCACGGAUCGAGGAGCGGCUCCACCGCUUCCUGAAGCCCGGCGCGCUUGCCCGCCUCCGGGACUCCAGGAUCAGCAGUGCCAGACCGGGCCGAUCCGUCGCCCUACCCCGCCUCUCGUCCCCCUCGUCCCGUUCUCCGGCCGCGCCGCGACCCGCGGCAGCCCAGAACGACGGGAUUUUCCCUUGCUUUGCAGUCAGGGCCUACGGCCCGAGGUUCCUCCAGCGGAGGAAGCUCGCCGCCGCCGCCAAAUCCAUCUUCUUUGCUCCCCCAAGCCCGGAUCUCCCCGAGCCCGUAUCGGACGCCUUCCCCUUCGAUCUGGUCGCUGCACGUUGA